AUGUCACCACAGUGCAUGCAUGUGUACUCCGCAGCCCCAUUCGAAGUGGCACAAAACAGUGAGUCCGCUUUUCGCAUGGUAGCGGAGCUGGAGAAGAAGACUGGUAGCUGCGUGUGGAGCAGCACCUGGACCUCUCCGACGAGAGGACAAAUCCCCGGCAAGACGGGGAAGGGAAAAGCAAAGGGCCAAGGAAAAGCCCAAGAGAGAACCAGGUCCGCCCGAGCCAUAGAGCGGCGGAUACUACGUGGGGCAGCAAGGCGUGCAGAAGGCUUGCUGAACACCACUGUGGAAGCAGCCAGCGGUACGACCAACAGGCCGGACCACAACGAGCUGGACUACGUGGAAGGCUUGAGACUUCAGGCCGUUCCAGAACAAGAAGUACCAGAGUUUCUGGACGUGAACAGGACUGUGGUUGGUGGUCUGCCAACACACAGCAAAGCAGGAGGAGCGACCAAGCGCGUGUGGGGCAAGUUCGAGAAGGACUACCCGAGCCUCGCCAAGGUCGUACAGUCUACACCGGGUGGAAAGGCGAGAAAGUCCUUCGCCCAGGAAGAAGGAGGUCGACGAGUAGCACAAGGACUCGUUGCACCUAGGGCACAAGUCGUGCCAACCACACUGCCACCGCCUGAGCAGCGUGGAGAAGAAGUAGGAGAAGAAGAAGAAACACACGCGGCAACCAGCGUGUGGUACUCUGUGGACGAGUUCGGGAACUUCAAGGAGGAGGUCGACGACUCGCCCGAAGAAGAGGAAAGGCCGAAGACCGAGCAAGCGUCUUCAGCGGCAAGUAGCAGCUCAGUGGGUGUCUCCGAAGUCGCCCGAGCUGUUCAGGACCUAGAGCUGAGGAGUCAGAAAGCCUCAGAAGAAAGAAACCCAGAAGGUCGAGAAGAAGGACGGGACUACCAGCGUGAGGAGUUGGAGGACCGUGAAGAGCGGGACUACCAGCGUGAGGAGUUGGAGGACCGUGGAAGCAACUGGAGCGAGACAGCUUCCAGUAGCUCUACAAGCUGGUCGAGGAGCACCUGGAGUAGCAACUGGGGAAGCGACCAGUCGAGGGCUUGGGCCGGACACAGGGAGUUUGAACGAACCUCCAAGAGUGUUUUCUCAGAAGAGGAAAAGGUCUCGAUCUUAGCGCAUGUAGCACCUCCAGAGCUUCAGCAAAGCAUCUUUAUGCACAGCGACGCGUUGGGCACUUACGCGAAGAUUCGAGACUACAUCGAGCAGUACCUCAUCAACAAGAACGUUUGGAAGAGACCGCAAGGAUCCCAGUUUGGAAUCACUAAGGCGGCAAACAAGGUUGAUGAUGGAGGACUGAUGGACAUGACUGUGACUGACUCAGCGGAGAGUUUGCUGUCAGUUUUCAACAUGGUAGAAAAAGGAGUCAGGUUUGAAGAAGAAAAGGAACCUGAUACCUGGAGAAUGGAGACCAAUGAGGAAGGAGAAUUCGUGGUUCGUGUGCACAACACAGCACGAUUCCAACUAUUCAGCCCAGAGCGAAUGGCUGAUCUUCCUGUUCCAAUCAACCGACUACUACCUGGUCGACUUACCAAGAUCUAUUUCUCCGAAGAUGGAUCGCAUGUGGAAGACCAGAGUUUGUGGACAAGAAAACAGACAUCUGCCAAGAACAUGGGCAGAGAAUGGCUGGGAGAAUCGUGGUUUAGAUUGAAGCCAGAGACUGAAAUUCCUGAAAAGAAGGAUGCAGAGAUUGAAGAAGCAAAGAAAGUUGAAGGAGUACGUGACCCAGACCAAGACAUGGAUGAGUUCUUUUUGGAUUGGGUGUACGUAGAAGAUCGAGUGCAACCAGAUCCAAUUGAUCAAGACCAAGCCGAACGUGAAGUGUUUCGAGAGCAAAGACAGCUUCAUGAAGAAGGAGAAGUGAAAGAACAAGCACAGGAGGUAGAUGUACCAAAGGCACCGAGUGCACAACAGCGUGAGGAGCACAGACUUCAUCAUGCAAAUUUCGAACCUUGGUGUGAAACUUGCAUCAAAGGACAAGGACGAGGUGCACCUCACAGAAGAAGCAAGGAAGACAAGAAAGAACACAUCAUCUACUCCGACUACAUGUUCUUCAGUGUGGAUGGUGAGAUGGUGAAUAGAAGUGAAGGAAAGAAGCAGAAAGGACUGAUCACAGUGCUGACGGCAAGUUGCAAGGACAGUCAGUAUCCCUUCGCCAUGGUGGUCCCAUCAAAAGGAGGAGGGUACUACUCAAGGGAUGCGUUGGCAGCUUGGAUCAGAGAUCUGGGAUGGAACAAAGUGACAAUACAAAUAGAUCAGGAAAAUUCCAUGAACAAGUUGUUUGACAGAGUGAGGGAUCUCAUGCCAGAAAGAGUGGAGAUUCGGAAAUCACCACGGUAUAGCUCACAGUCUCUUGCAGAUGGAGAAAUGGUGAAUGGACUGAUAGCUGGAAAGAUUCGCACAUGGCUGUGUGAGUUGUCUGAAAGCUAUGCAACGAAAAUUGGAACCGAGCACUACGUGUUCCCAUGGAUCGUGCGUCACAGCGCAUGGACUUUGGCAAGGUUUCAUGUCAACAAGAGCAAGACCACAGCGUUUCGUGUGAUAAAGGGCAGAGACUACGUGGGUGAGUUGAUACCAUUUGGAGAGACAGUGAUGGGAAAAUUUCCAAAGGUGAAAGACAAAUCUGCACCUCGAUGGACAAAAGGAAUCUAUGCAGGAAAGAAAGAAAAUUCAGAUGAGCACAUGAUGUUGACAAGUGCCGGAGCUAUUAGUUUCAGAACAGUCCGAAGAUUGCCAGUUGGAUCACAGUUCCAAGAUGCUGUGAUGGAAGUUGCGAGAGGAGUCCCAUGGAAUACAGUGUUGGGAAUCGAGAAAGCAAAGCCGGAGGCAAUCUCAUCGGAGGUGAAAGCAAUUGUGGCACCAGAAAUCGAAGGAGGGAAAGCACAGAAGAGCACAAAGAAGGAAGACAAAGCACCAGAGAUGCAGGUGGACGAUGAAGGAGAGAGAAUCGAGAUUGAAGAAAAGGAUUCCAAGAAGCCACGACUGGCAGAGGGUACAACCUCUAGUGCCGUACCGGGCGACACCGGAAUGAAUCCAGGACAACCUGAACUGUACCGCAUAGACACACCAACAGAUGACAACAUGAGUGCAGCGGGCACAGCGUCUCAGGACAUGGUUUCUGGAGUCAGUAACGGUGAAGUUCCAGAUGCGGAAGAAAUGAGGAAGAAAUACCAUAUGCCAGUAAACAAGGACCAUGUAUGGUUUCAGAAGUGGCUAGAUGAGAGAAAGGAGCACUUCCAGAGUGAAAUGGUGGCAAACAUCAUGGACUACCUGGACCAAAUUGGAGCAGCAGAAGAAGAACAAAAGAAAGCUCGAAAGACGGAGAUCAAGAAGCUGAACGAGGACUUUGGAGCAUUUACGCCGAGAGACGGUGACAAGACAGGACAACCUGUGAUGAUGAAACCACCUAAGGAAUGGCUGGAAGACUACGACGAUUGGUAUUUGUUGCAGCCCAAGGAAGUUCAAGAAGAACUCAAGGACGACAGACCAGACAUAAAGUUCAGUACCAAGGAAUUGGCAAAACGCAUUCGGGAACCAAGGGAAUGCGACAUGGCCAACCUUAAAGUCCUGGGAAGGUAUCUUCGAGGAACCACGAACUAUGGGCAUGUGACAAAGUUGACAGAGGGGAUCGACAUCCGAGAAGGAAUCCCGAUGCACUGCUACUGUGACAGUGAACUGGUACGAAACGGAUGCGAGUUGAUAGGACUCGUGGACCUGACUGAGGAUGGACUGGACAAACACGUGUCGAAAACAAACAUGAGAACAAUAGGUUCUGUGAAUGAAAACGAAAACAAACGAUGGAAACCGCAAACCGGUUCAAAGCUUAGCGUUCGACAACACGCUUCCGGGGUGAAACGAAAUGGAAACCUUGGGGGACACACCUGUGUUGUGGGGCGGCAAAGUCAUCAUGCCGGGAAACACCGGGAUUGA